AUGGCGACACGUUUAUGGGUUGUACUCGAUCGGCAGAUUCUUGCGACGAACCAUACCGUCUCCUUGGAACCACUCACGACGGAAUUGCUUGGCGGCACCAUCCGGAGUGUUAGUCCACUCGACGGUGAUACGGUCGUUGUUAGUGUCCUAAAACAUGGAAAUUUGGGAUUCGGGAUCCAGGGAUUCCGUGGGGUUUUACCUCCUGUCCGAAGGCGAAGGCGUCACAAGAGACAGCCAAAAGAACAGCCUCCUUUGGGUCGAGCACUCCGCAUGGUGGAUCCACUCCAAGACGCUUCAUGUUGGUGGUCUUGA